AACUCACAGUUGCUGGCGACAACUACUCGAAAUGCACUGGCUGCAAACGGUUCACUCGAACUUAUCGAGUUAUACUUCACCCCACAAUGUCGACAUCAAAUUUAUAGACAUUCCAACAACGCCUUCUCCCAUUCAGCCUACACAACACCAACCGUCUCCGGCAGCGACUGUUUUCCGUCUAAAAGACAACACUGCUAUCGUACACGCUCGCUUGACCGAUGCAAACACAGUUCUCGAGCUAAGAUAUCUUAACUGGACGGAAAGCUCUGAUGCAGGAAAGCCUUUCAGCAGCCCAAGGAAUCUUCGCCUUCAAAUACGACUGUCUGCAACGCUACUUCCCGUCAUCCGCUUCUCGCAGGAUUCAGAAAACUUGUGGUGCUAUGUUUUGACAACAAACAACUAUCUCGUCCGUAUGCGACUAACCUUGGAAAACGUCUUUCUCACACCUUUGUCCGGAAAAUUUUACUCGCUUCAACAGCUGGAUAGACACAUUGUUCCCAUCACAUUCGGCAUCGUGUCUAGUACCCAAGUAAUAAUUGCUUGUGAGAAUGGGUCUUUGAUAUAUCUAUAUGAUUCAAGCAAUGGAAAAAGAGAUAAAGAUCCAUUUUCAAGCUAUGAGAUUGCUCAGCAAGAUUUUACUCCGAGACAAAAUGCACUCAGUUACUUGAACUCCAUUCCCUUGCUAUCAAAUUUCUUCGGUGAUAUUGGCGAUACAGAUCACCAGGCCUCACCUCAGCCAAUAGCAUUGGCAUUGGAAACAGUAUCCCGAAAUUCAAAAUCAUCAGCCAUCGUAGCUGCGGUCAUUUGUAGAGAUCGACGACUCAGAGUUUGGAUAAGCGGACACAAUUAUACAUGCUCACAAGCUAUUGCAGUUUUGCCAUGUUUUGAUCAAGACAAGAACCUUGUCGAAAGUGGAGUAGAUAUCAUUCGCGAUGCUUUACCGGGAUCCAUUGUGGAUGCGCCACACAUUUCACCACGCUCUCAGAACCAUGAGCCCGACCUCGACACCGAGCCUAGAAAUCAUUUACGGCUUUAUCGUGUUAAUGAUGAUAUCAUUUUGGCUGUGGUCUAUGUACAAUCUGAACAGCAAUGCUGUUUCGCCAUUUAUCAAAUAGUGUUGGAAGAUGGUGAUAUUCGAUCACUGAAGCUUGUGCAUGUGGUGGAAAGCAACUAUCAACCCAAGGAAUGGCUAUCUGGGUUCGACAUGACUAUUGAACAGAAUGAUGCAACUCUCUGGACAGUCUGGGACACUCAGCCUGAUUCUAUCGUUCGUACAGCGACCAUAUUUAAUGUCGGCUGCGAAUAUGAUCCAUUUAGCGAGAGUGCCAUUCCUGUUCGUGUUCGAUGGCGAACCGUGCUUCCUGAUAGUACAAGCUCACGAGUAGCCGUGCAACGCCAUAAACAUCAAAAUGAGCCCGAAACCUUCCUCAAGAACAUUUUUGCUCCUGGCGCAUUCAGUGACUCGACCAUAAGAAAAGCUCUGAUGGUCUAUGUUGGAACUGUAGAUCCUCAUGAAAGAACUCUUUUGCAAGAUGAUUUUCUGACUGACAAUGAAGAUAGAGAGGAGCAUGAAGUUACAAGCAUUGGUAACAGCAGUGAUGAUGACCGGCCAACGCUACAAAAGUAUGUUCGCGACUUGGUUGCAGCACAUAUCGAGAAACAGAACGACGAUGAAAGCUACGAACCAAACGUAAAGCGUGAAUGGGAAUCUUUCUACCAAUUGUGCUGUAGCGCUGAAGACUUUGAAUCUAUUCCAUUAGGAAUUUCAGCUCCACAGUCAGCGAUAUCUUCUGAUAUCUCAGCUCCCCUCAUUAUUACUAGACACGAUGGUUACGCCGCCGCCCGUACUCUGGAUGAGCUUGAAAUACUACAACACCACUUUUCUCCACUCAAAGACGAUCUCCACCAGCAAAGCUUCUUUCCGUCUGAAUUGGAACAUAAUGUGUUCGAUGAAGACGAUGUCCAAAUCAAGAAAUUGGUCAACAACGGAAAAUUCGAUUCUGGCCUCGUCUUGUUUGCGGAUGCCAUGGCCUCCCUCAUCGAUCACCUUGGCGAACAAGCCGUUGCAGAUAUUGACGUGUGGUUGGAACAAACGUUGCUAAAAGAUAACAGCACACCGACUGCUGACGCUAUCGGCCAUCAACUUUACAAUCGGUUUAUUUCAACAGCAACACUGUCCGACUAUGACAAGAAACUGACCAUGACAAAGCUAAGAGAAUGUCGUGACUUGGAUGAGACUGUGAGCCUUGUUUUGGAUGCGUUGGUUGAUACGUGUUUGGACGCGGUGUCUGGCGACAAGACUUCAGCCAUGACAGAUUCUGUAGUCACCAACGCUACCCAUCAAUUGGUGACCACACGCUAUAACGUUGCAAGAAAUACCGCUGUGACACUUGCUUUCUUACUGGCUUUAGAUGGAAAUCAGACGGUCAUGAAGAAUACUGUUGAACGAUUGGAAGACUGUCAUAAUGCUUUAAAAGCCUAUACCCUGCUCAAAUGGAUGUGCAACCAACCAUUGGAUCGAGACGUUGAGGCGCAUUUUUCUGUGGAAACCAAUGCUGCUCGAGACAGCCUUCAGCCGUUUGUUGUCUCCAACGACCAUUCUCACACCCACACAUCCGGUUUGAUGGAUCUACUCGUCAGUCGUCAAUAUCCUGUAUACAUGCAAUAUGGAUCAUUUGAAGGCGCUGUGACCCGUGCUGCUCGACAUUUGAUUCGGCAAUUGAAUGUUCUGCCAGCAAGUGGCCAGUUCAAUAAUGCCUCAGUUGUUGAUAUCGCCAAUUGCCUGGAAUCCUUUGGCCAACCUAAAUUAGCGUUGGCUCUCUUGCAAUGCCUGCCCAUGUCAGAUGCUAUCCUUUUCGUUCAAGCCAAAUGUUGGACAAGUCUCGGUCAGACUAAGGAUGCCGAAAAUGCUUUCUUGCGAGUUGCGAAUGGAUUUGUAGAUGACUUUUACGAGCAUCAACCCCAAAGUAGCGUUGGACAAUCUCUUCAACAAUUAUUACCGCAUGGGUGCGACACCUUGAUUGAAUAUUACAUCCAUGUUUCGGCCUUUGUGUUUGCGCACUCACAAGCUGAUCUAAUCAUCAGAUUCAGUAAACUGGCUCUAACAUCUAUCGAAGCAGUACAUGAGUCAACCAAGGAGAAGGAUAACGGGCAUAAGCAACACCUGGGAUCUACGAGUGGUUUAUGGUACCGAGUGUUUGUGGCCUAUCUAUUAAAACAGGAUAUCGAAGGAGCUGUUACAGCCAUGUCAUCAAUAGAAGAUUUGGAAAGGAGAUCGGAUACUGCCAAAUACUUGGUCAACUGGCUUGCGGAAAACAACAAGUUGGGAUUGAUUUGUAGUCUUCCUCUAUCUGGUCUACGAACCCAAGUGGAGGAAGCACUUGUGUCGAAAGCCAAGCGACAGCAAGUACCUGUGCCUGAGUCUCAAGUGGACUUUUCGAAGAAUUUGUAUGCUUUUUACGUCUACGCGGGAGACUAUGGUCCUGCGGCGUUGUCUAUGUACAUGCUCGCUAAACGCUGCCAGCAAAAUCUGAAGGCGCCAAACGCAUUAGAUCAGUCAAUCAAGAGCUACUUGGCAGCGAUCAAUUCUCUUUCUUUAUUAUCACAGGAUAAGCAAUGGCUGUCUGUUCCCUUGGAGAAUGAAUCCAAAGAUCAGUCUGAAUUGAAAGACUUGGUUACUCUGCGAAAAGAAUACGUCGUCACCAAAGCGCAUUCAGAUUUGAUGACCCAUUACCCUGAGCUUGCAAAUGCUGAUAAUAUUAUUGACGUCAACGAUGCCAUUGAAAAGUUUGAAAAGCUUGGACUUCAGAAUAGAGUAAAGUUGUUGAAGUUGUAAAAUUGUAAUCUAUAAAUCAUAUCUUCCGCUGGAUGGUCUAAGAAAGUCCAACUUUCUCCAUGACAUCCAUGAACUCACUCUGGUCAAUGAACCCAUCUUGAUUUUUGUCCGCGAUGUCAAACAUUUCUCUUAA